UUCCGCGUGGCGGCAGCGAGUGCGCUCGGUCGGAUGUAUUUGUGUGCAGCACCCGCUGCUGCUGUGAUUAUUAUUGCUGCUGCUGGCGCUUGUCAAAAUGAAAAGUGGAAGGCAAUGGAUUCGUUCUGUUUAUCUGUUUAUCUGACAUAAGAUCGCUACGGAUGAGCUAUGGUCAAACAGAUAUACCGUUUUUUAUGAAUCUGUAAUGUUUAUGGAUGUCUGCAGUUAUCUCACAGCGAGAGAUAUCAAGUUUAUGUGACAGUUUUUCACUGUGAAAGGUCGCGAUGGAUCGAGCAGUAAACUCCGACCCUGUCAGUACAGCCGGCACUGGUCGUCAGCGCUGGAGGAAUUGGAUUGGAUUUUGGUUACUGGGACUUUGCAAUAACUUCGCAUAUGUGGUGAUGCUGAGUGCAGCCCAUGACAUCUUACAAAAACAGGAAAUUCAAAACACAACGACACCUACUCCUGCUCCCAAUGGGACUAACAUAGAGAUCAGCAAUAACAACAACAACAACAGCAGCCGCUUUGACUGCAAUCCUGUGUCCACUGCAGCUGUGCUGUUGGCUGAUAUUUUACCCACCCUCCUAAUCAAAUCCACGGCACCUUUCUAUAUACACAAAGUGCCUUAUGGAUUCCGUGUUUUGGUGUGUUUCUUCACGGCAGUAGUCAGCUUCCUGAUGGUGUCGUUCUCUUCAACUAUAUUGAUGAGCAUAUUUGGUGUCGUCUUUGCCAGUAUUAGUUCAGGAUUGGGGGAGCUUUCCUUUCUCUCCCUCUCUGUGUUUUUCAGCAGGGAUGUGUUAAGUGGCUGGGGGUCCGGCACAGGGGCAGCAGGAGUAGCUGGAGCUUUCCUCUACUCUGCAUUUACACAGGCUGGUCUGACCCCCCAGGUUACGUUAUGGAUCAUGCUGGUUGUGCCUGUUAUUUUGGCUGUCAGCUAUUUCUUUCUCCUGGUGUUCCCAUCCUCAUUUCCACAGUGGAGGCGGCACGAGGAUGGUCACAGUACUUCCAGAGCACCGGACUCCCAGGAGAGGCGUCCUUUAAUUGAGGAAGAGACUGACACUGAUGAGGAUACUGAGACAACUCAGGAAGAGCAAGAUAACUGUACUGGCCAUGCUUUCUUCCUUCUGACAGAGGACAAGCACAUCAGACCCCUGACCUUCACUGACAAAUUAUACAUCAUGAAGGGUCUGCUGAAGUUUAUUAUUCCUCUUGGUGUGGUUUACUUUGCCGAGUAUUUCAUUAACCAGGGACUGUUGGAGCUGCUCUACUUCCCUGAAUCCCGUCUCUCACAUGCAGAACAGUAUCGCUGGUAUCAGACACUUUACCAGAUCGGUGUGUUUGCUUCCCGCACGUCUCUUGUCUGUUUUAAGAUCAGGAAAAUUUUCCUUAUGUCUCUCUUACAGUGUUUGAAUGCUGUUCUGUUGGGUUUCGCUGUAUACUACCAGUACUUGCCAAACCCCUGGGUGGUUUUUAUUAUUGUCCUCUAUGAGGGUCUGUUGGGAGGAGCAGCCUACGUAAAUACCUUCUUUUUCAUCCGCGAGGAGACCGCUAAGCACGAGAGAGAGUUUGCCAUGGCUGCAGCAAGCGUAGGGGACAGUCUGGGAAUCGCUCUUUCUACAGCUGCCUCCCUCCCAGUUCACCAUUAUUUCUGCUCUUUAUGAGCCAAUGAGAAUGUGCGUUUGUGCAAGAUAAAGACAUUUUUGUGUUUUUAAAAUAUUUAACACAUUCCAUUUAGACUAAUAUGUUCUGAUUUAAAUGAAUAAUGGUUUGAUUGAUCUGACUGACAUUUGACCUCUAACAAAAUGUUUAUUAACCCAAAACAAGAACAAAUUUUGGAUAAAUUAUGCUUUAAUUUUUCCGUUUUAUCUUCUUUGUAACUCAAAAUCCUGGAAUCAAUUGUGUAAUCCUUUAUGAAAUUAUUCUCUUUUGGCAUUAAAAUAUUUUUAAGGUU